AUGCUGGAUCUUGAAGUUGUUCCUGAAAGAUCACUUGGAAACGAGCAAUGGGAGUUUAUACUAGGUGUGUAGUCGCAACGUAGGCGAUCAAGUCACAGUGGUUGUUUUCUCUUAAAUUAAUUAUCCUGACUCAAUUUAUGUUUGCUCGAGUAAUUACACAUCUUUUUUUUUUUCGGUUUCUAGGAAUGCCUGUUGCACAGUGCGUUCAGAUUCUCAAACGACAAUGUCGUGUUAUAAAAUCCGUGCAAGCGAUGUACAGCGAGGCGGUAAGCAGAUCGUCCCGCCAAAAACGUUGUUUGGAAAAUGCCAAUUGCGAGAACCAAACUAUUAAAAGGGGUUUUUCGUGAUAAGUAGAGCCUGUGCUUUGUUGCUUCAUCGAUUUGUGUACACUUUUCUCACUGCUGUUAAUGCCAGCGCAGGUUUUUUUAAGUUUUAAUACAUCGUGACUGUCUUGUGACCAAAUGGUGCAAUGUAUAAGUUUUGGGACGAUAAGAAUUUGAUCAGGAGACAGUUCCAUUUCUUGCGAUUUUAUUCACAGAAUCCCCUGGCAAUGGACCUAGUUUUAAACCUACCAAAUGAUGGUAUUAGAUUGGUGUUUGAUCCGGUGACACAGAGAUUGAAGGUAUAUAAUUGCCGCAAAAGAUACAUGUACAUGUUAAUGCAUUAAGUUUAUUGGAAAAAUUGAAGAAGAAUUCCCGCAAAAAUCUGGCAGCUGUCUGUUGGCCAACUGUCCACCAACAGUUGGCAGCAAACAGCCGACAGUUAGUCGAGAAAUGGCUGACAAGUGGCCAACAGUCGGAAUGACUGUUGGUCAACUGUUGGUCACUUGUCGGUUAUCUGUCAGCAAUAUGUUAGCGCACUUUUUCGAAACAGAGAGCUCUAAGUAGGCACAAAAUCAGUUUUGACUGUGUAUUAUUUGUCAAUUAUCUAUUUAUUUAUGUUAUAUCUGUCCUUUAGUGCAUGUAUUUCAUUUUUCCAUUCAUGUUUGUUAAUAUUUUAAGGUGACUCGACCCAGUUUUUUUGGGGGGGUACCAUCCUACUUUGAAGCUCUGUGGUGUCCCCACCUGUACUUUUAUCAUAAGUCUAACACAUAGAAUGGAUAACAUAUAGAUCAAUCUACAACAUAACAUAAAAUUUUUGGCGAUCGGAGUAAAUGUCAUGUGGUUAUAAUGCCACGCCCCUUUGAGGUCUGAGUCGAAAAUCUGCUGUUGCCGGCAUUUGUUCGUGAAAAUCUCUCGGCUACACAUAGUGCGCAUUAGUGCCUUAAACUGAAGAGAGUUUCACCAAAAUCGCAAAGACCUAAUUCAAGAAAUUCAGCGGUUUCCAAAUUUAGGCCAUAAUUUAUGCGAAAAUGAUAAGCAAACUAUACACGAUUAUAUCUAAUAUACUAUGAGACUUAUCCCUUUAUUUUGGGGAUCGUUAUAACAGAUGGGUCCUUGCAAGUCAGCAAACAGCUUUAGGGUCUUGUAAAUGCGCGCGAUUUCGAGCAAAGCAAACAUAUAGAAAUUAUAGUUUUAGCUAUUUGUUGACGUUUGUCAGCGUUUAAGAGUCCUUCUCACGAAAAAAGCAUUUCCUUAAAAAUUCGAAGUUUUUUUUCCUUCAAAUUUUUUCAGGGCCACAACUGAUUAACUAAUUACCCGGAUUCUGAAUUUCAUGGUCAUUGAAAAACUGUGACAAUAUCUUCUAUAAGCCCAAACUUGAGUAAACAUUGAAGAUUUUUAGCAUUUUGGUUGAGUUUGUGCUUUGGGAGUUGUCUAUUGUUUCUAGUCUGUCAUUAUACAGCAUUCUUGUUCAGCACGCGUGCAAUGACCGCACUUGGCUGACUUCCGAAAGCUCACCAAGAUAUGAUAAUUUUGGUACAGUGAGACAGCCCAUCGCGUGAUACAUAGAGGUUUAACUCUCAAUUUUUAAUCAAUUCUCGUGCUUCUUAUGCCUUUGCAAAAAAAUCAAGAAGUGCUACACACUAAAUUUACUUACUAUUAAAAAAAUAUCAUUUUUUCAUAGGUUUAAUGCAAGCCAAUAAUAAUUAAUUUAAACCAACUCGUGAUGGGAAUCUCUUCUAUUUUCUCAUACUAAAUUAUCAUAUCUCGUUGAGCAUUCAGAAGUCAGACAAGUGCGGUCAUUGCACGCGUGCUGAACAAGAAUGCUGUAUAAUGACAGACUAGAAACAAUAGACAACUAUGUGUUAGACUUAUGAUAAAAGUAAAUGUGGGGAUACCAGAGAGCUUCAAAGUAGGAUGGUACCCCAAAAAAAAAAAAAAAAAAAACUGGGUCGAGUCACCUUAAGGGACGCGCAGUGUAUUGAGAUUAUGAAAAAAACUGGCUGAAAUAAUGCAAAUACAAAUUGACAAAUUUAAUACACAAAAAAGCAAUUUAUGUGGAGAUCUAAUUGUUAUUUUAUUGUAUUUCACAUAAAAUCCAACAUAAUUUGGUUAAAAGUCAGAAAACUAUUGUGGAGUUAACGUAUACAUGUACUUGUCCCAACUGUGACAUCCAGUGUUUGUUUGGUAUCAAAACUACUUUUGGAUAACAAUAAUGCUAGAAGAUCAAUUACUAAUUAUAUUACUUUAUUUUCUAUACCCAGAUAAUUGAAGUUUAUAGUAUGAGCAAAGUCAAGCUUAAGUACUGGUAUGAUUAACUAUAUUAACCCUUAAAUUAAUAAACAAUUAUUAUUAUUGUCAGCCCCUAACUACUAAACCUUAUCACGUUGCAACCUAACUCAAAUUGCAAUGGAUGGAUGAAUUAAAGGGUGGUAAGAAGUGAGUAAGAAGUUUCAAAACAGCUUUAAAAAUUUGUCCGUAUUUUAACAUCAGUAGGUAAAUAACUUUUACAUGUUAUUUUUGGUCGCCUUUACACCUGUAGUUCUAUUUAAUCUGAAGGGAAACAUUCAAAAUGCAAAUUUUGCCAUAUUUUAUUUAUUUUUUCACCUGGUGGGAUUUGGGAUAUGCAUAUUAUAAUAUUUUUCUUUUUGCAACUGUCAUUAAUUCCAGUGGGGUUCACUUUAAUUCUCCUCAAGUACAACCUACAAUUGAACAAAUUGACAUGUCAUUUGGAGCAACCCAUCCUGGAGGUUGGUAAUUUCACCAAGGUUAUGUGUAAUACAUUUGUAUAUUAAAUACAAUUUCUCAAUAUUUCAAGUGCCUAAAGUAGUUUUAAUUAAGUUUAUUGUUCAACUCAAUUCAGUUGGUUAAUGUAGAUUUUUGAGAAUUAACUCAAAAGAUGGUACAAAUACAUAUGUAAUGUAAACAAUGUAAAAAUAAUGUAGAUUCAUGUAAGGCCUUGAUACUUUUUGUUAACUUUGUUUUAUUAUUAUUGUUAUUAUCAUCAUUAUUAUUAUUAAUAUCAAGUUUAGUUUAUAGACAGUUGUCUACAUUUGCUCUGUUGAAUUAGAAAACCACCAGACGACCAAGAAGUCUUUUUUAACUAUUAUAGUUAUACUAAAUUUUUAUUUAAUUUUCAAUUUGAGGAGAGUUAAUAAAGUAUGUUUUUUUUACCAUUAUUGUUAUUGUUAUUAUUAUUUUAUGCAAAUAAACAUUGUGAUAAGUGAUUCUUGUUUCUUUCAUUUUGUUCUUUUAUAUAUUUACUUGAUAUAUUUAUUAUUUCUUUGAUGUUCAUUUUAGUCUAUGAUCCCAAUCAUCAGCUGUUUAUUCUUAACUUCAGAGGUCUCUCAUUUUCCUUUCCCAUUGACUCUAAAUUUGAGGUAUGUUAUUUACAUGCAAUUGAUAGGGUGCGGCCAGGGGUUCUAAUUCUACUAACAGAGAGGGAGAGGACAGUUAUAGAUUUUCACGCUGUAAUUCAACAACAACGAUAAUAACAACAACUGCAACAAAACUUUAUUACCAAGCAGAUCAUAUAAUAUAGCAAAAGCACUGCCCUCAGCUACAUACAUGCAUAGCAAGGCUUUUCAAGAUGGGACAGUGCAUGCAAAAUGAAAUGAAGAUUAAUGCUAUUAAAACUAAGGAAAGUGUACUGUUUACAAAUAAAUGAAAUAAAAAUUGGAAUGUGGUUGAGGGCUAGACAACACAAUAGAAAAGAGAUAAUUAAACAAAUAUCAAACUGUAAAAGUAUAAAUGAGUUAGCAAAUAAUUUAUUUUUCGACGUUUUUGGCUGAUUUAAUUUACCUUUUAAUUAAAGUGGGCAUAUGGAUAUAGUCAUCUUGUGUAUUGCAGGGUGUAUUUCGAGGAAUGCUGUUAUGAUUGUUCUGAGAGACUCGCAGGAAAUUAUCAUGCAUAUGCUUUAUGACACAACAAGCACAAGCUCUUUUUGUUGUUUCCAAAGUGGUCAUGCAUGCUUUAAAUACAGACUGUGCUAAAAAAAAAAUAUGAAGAGAGAGUUGACUUUCAUUUUUAAUGAUUUAGCUGAAUAUUUUUCUCUUAAAGCCAUACUACACUCAUGGAUUAGGAUCCCUCAAGUUUUCUUCUGGAUCAUCACCAACUGUAUCACGGAUGUCAAUUUACCAUGGCAACAGCUUAACAGAUGCAAGGUGUGGUGCCAUUUUUAUUCCACUUCUACACUGUACAUUUGUGACGUAUGUGUACAAACAGAAGAGAACCAACCAAAUUUCUGAGACCUAGUACUCCAUGACCAUUUUAGUGUCAAAAUGGUCUCUGUCCAUUACUGAUGUAAUGUAAACAUUGUGGUGAUAAGGUCAUCAGAUAAUAAUACUCCACCUAAAAAAAGUUGCCUGUUUUAGUAAAUUAUCCUUAGUUCUCUAACUGAAUACAUCAUUGUAAACAUGCAAAAGGGGAAACAUUUUGAAGCCUUAUUUUGUCCUUGGCCUAUCGAUAUAUUGUUAGGUAAUUUCACUUUGGUUGAUGCUGUUGCUGUUUUCAUUGAGUUGGGAGUCGCCUUACUAAUAAUUGUUACACCUUGGGGAAGUACUUUUGUGAUCAGAAUUUUAUUAAUAGAUUUUUGACAAGUUCACUGCCCAAUGAUGAAAAUAAUUUGUGGUGUGGUUUAUGAUAGAGCACCUCCACUGCCUCUGCAGUGUUUCCAUGGCAACUGUUUUGCUGACAGCAUUGACAUCAUUAACAAGGACGGGAAAGUGUAUGGGCUCAAAUGUUUUCUUGUUGCUGAAGGUAAAGAGAUAAAUAAUAUAUAUAUUUUUUAUUAUUGUUUAUGAAGAUCAUUAUUGGGAUCAGAAAAUUGUAGGGUAGGACUUGGAGAAAGAGUAGGGAACAAUGUUGAAAGAAAGGCAAUAUAGAAACUUUGUUUAUUUAAUAACCCGUUAAGUUCCAAUAGUCAUUGUUACCAAAUUUCUUCUUAAUUAUAAUCCCAGUGCUAUAUUUAUCAAUCAGAGAGAUCAUGCAGAGAGAUUAAGCCACGAUUACUUUUCAGGAUACAUUAUAAUUCUACAAGCAAGUCAAUGUGCCAAACAGCAUCUCACCAGCAGUCCCUUCUGGGCUAAAGUUCAAUGACUCUAGCCUCAGUGUGCAGCAGCCCCCUCCGCACAAACAAAAUUGGAUAUUUUGUUUCAGGGGAGGGUGUAGUUGUACACAGGCUAUCUGUCUCCAGUCCUGCAGAGCCUUGACUACGGUGCUGUAGGCUGGAAGAAGUCCUGGAAAGGUACUGCUUGUAGUCCAGAAUUGCUAAGCAAGUGCAUGGUGGUAAACCUUUAAUACCCUGUAUUCACCAAAGAGCACAUAUCUUUUUCUAUCACUCUGUCGCUAACCGUGAUAGGGAAAAGUAAGUCAAGGCUAUCUAUAAAAAUAAUGUGCUUGUAAAACUGAAAUUUCUCCUUUUAAUUUUGUUUUUCUCUUUUCGAAAGGCACAGGUCCUGGCAAGAUCUUAGAACUAAGGAGACGAACUUUUGAGAGAACUAUUAUGUUUGGGGAUUCAUGUCAGGUAUGAAUAAUUGAUUUGACCUUUAAUUUGUAAUUAGUGUUUUACAUGGCAUGAAGAGUGGGAAAAGGGCAUGAACUGGGAAAAGAAAAAGACUGAAAGGAUUACAGGCUUCUGGGACGUGAUGCAAUACACAUGUAUACUGACUCAUGCUUGCUGUUUUUGUGCUUUAGGAUGUGAUAAGCUCUCUUGGGUCACCGUGUAAAGUUUUCUACAAGGCUGAAGAUAAGGUACUACGUCUUAUUCAGUUUGAGACCAUGAGGCUCAUUGUUGAGUGUAUCGUAAGCAUACUCACCUACUACACCUUCUAAUAUGGGAUGGAAAAGGAAUAGGCCAUUUUCAUGAUGAUGGUACUUGACUGCAACUACCAGAAUUGGUUUCAUUUUGCUUUCGUUUUAAACUUUGUCAAUGCCGCUGAGAAAUAAUAAACAACAGCGGUUUUGCCUUAAUUUGCAAAAGAAAACAACAAACUACAGCAUUCUGAUAGUAGUUGUAGCAAAAUGAUGUCAUCGUACAAUUAUCCUGUUGCUUUGGGUAAAUCAGUAGUGUGGCUUGAUUGGGUAUCCCUUGACUAGGCCCCAAUUGUUCGAAAGGUGGAUAACGCUAUCCACCGGAUAAAUCACUAUCCAUUCUAAAGCUGGUUUCCCUAAUACUUAUCAAUUGGAUAGCAAUUUUUCCAGUGGAUAGCGCUAUCCAACUUUUGAACAUCCGGGACCAGGCGAAAAACUCACCCAAAUCGGUUUGUAGAGUCUCAGCAUCCUUUCGUGUUGCCAGUAAUAAAUUAUUCCCUACGUAAGUUGAACUUGACAUAUUAUAACAUAUUUUUUUUAAAUUUCUCUUUAGAUGCGCAUCCAUUCUCCAUCCCCACACAAACUCUCUCAGUCUAAGAGUUCUGAUUAUUUCUUCAAUUUCUUCACUCUAGGAGUGGUGGGUAUACAAUUACGUCUGUCCCCGCAGUAAUUGAGUACAUGUCACUACGAAAAUAGAACCGGGAGAAUGAAUUGAGCCGAAGGAAGUUGCUUGUUGAAACGGUUGAAACAUUGACGCCACAACUAGUUUGCCCGCGAAUUGACGUCUGAGGAACGAGCGCAGGAAUUCCAUACUGAUGACGUGUCACAACCCAGAUCUGGGUAGUGUUUUCUGAUUGGUUGAAGCAAGUUUCCCUCGUGGUUCAACCAAUCCCGGUAGUGUCUGGUCAUCAGUGUGGAAUUUCUGCGCUCGUUUCUCAGACAUCAUUUCUCGGGAAAACCAGUAGUGGCGUUGCGAAGUGUUGGCUGUUUUGUCAGGCUAAACUGCACCGUAAUAACACUUGUAUUACACUGCACUAAACAAGAUAGUUGCGGUUGUAAAAUAAGGUGCUCUCGCGCGAGAAACUCAAAAUUGUACGUUUGAACAUGCACUUCUUACGAAAAUAAGUUAUGCGUUGGACAAGUCCACAGAAACGUCGGACGCGACCAUGAGUGACAGUUGCGAAGAUGUGUUAUACGUUUGAAAACAGCCAGUCUGUUCUAAUAUGCAGAGUGAUUAUUAAUUGCACCAUGACGGUUUUUCCCUGUUAUGGAAGUGCGACAUGCACAGGGUACUUUGGAAAACAAAGUUGAGUUUAUUGAACGCUUUUGUCGUGAUAUGAACAAAACAGCAGUGCCACAGGACAUAAUAGGGAGCUUAAGCAACGACGACGGCGACGUCAACGAGAACGGCAAAAAACCAAUAGGUUUAGAUAGGCAAAGAAACAACAUUGCACGUGUAUCACGCUUUUUUGUUCAUUUCUUUGCCGUCACCUCAUGGCUACGUCUCGCGCGUACUUGAAUACGCAAAAAUACGGACUGUUUUGCAGUCUAAAGUUCACGUUUUGUGGAGGACGUGAACACAAUACAACGGCUUCGUUUUUCUUUUACUGAUCAUCGUUACAGUCUUGGAAUUCAACUCCAGAAAAAAAAAAUUGCCAGCAUUUGACGAAUUGAACGAGACGGAAUAAGGGCGAUGUAGUUUGAAGCAGCACGACUUCACUUUGUAAGUGACGUUUUCUUACCCGUCGUCGUCGUUGUCGCUUAAAGGUGAUGUUACACGGGACGAUUCGCAACGAAGAUUUUUAGCGCAACAAAGCCUUGCAAUGUUGUGACCAUUGGAAACAAUGUCGCGUUAAUGUUGGAACACGGUGUUGCGUUAAAAAGCGUCGAAGCGAGUCGUCCCGUGUAACAUCACUUUAAGCUCCCUAAUAAUUAUUAUCGCAGCCCGCAAUCUAUAUAACCACGACUGAUUAUUAUCAGGCUAAGGAUUUAUCAAUUUUUUCUUCUCCAGGACAUUUUAUUUGAUGCUUACAGUCACCAAGUGAAGAAAUUUAUUCUGCACACCAACUUCCCUGGCCAUUAUAAUUUUAACAUGUGAGUAAAAACAUGUAUGUUGCACUUCGCUGAGGUAAAGUUAAAGCCAUUUCUUGUAAGCAAUAAAAGGGUAUGUAUCUUUCAUUAAUCAUAGGUACCAACGCUGUGAUUUCAAGAUUGAGAUACAGAGAGACUCUAAAGGUAACGGUCUCACUGGGAAAUAUUGCCGCUGUUACAGUGAUAUGGGCAUCCCCUUCUCUUAUUAUCUUAGCGAUUUGUGUUAGGGUUUGGGUUACAGGGGAUACCCAUAUUACUAGGGUUUUGGGAAUGGGGAUGCCCAUAACGCGGGGAUGCCCAACAGUCAGUGUGGCACUGCUCUCACCUUCCUGCAUACCUCGCCUCUUCGCUCUCCUUCACGCACAAGGCCUCCACUCUUCCCCGACAACCUGCCCUAUUCCUUGCACAAGCUUUUGCCCGCUCCCACUACUCCCACCCUGUCUGUUCACUCUGCUUUUCUACCGUCCUGGAUCCUAGCGUGCCCAACUUUUCGCUUUCCAUCUGGUGUCCUAGACUGCUGUUAUACAGUGAUGUCCUGUCUGCAUACGCAGCACAUGACCAAAGCACUUCAAACGUUUCCUCUUCACUACGUCCCAUACCUAUCCUUUCAUUGAGUUGUAGGCGAACAAGUUAUGCCGAUGUGUAAGGAUAAAGGAUAAAGCAGCUUUUAAAAGUGGAGAUUUUCGCAAGGAAAACUUAAGCAUGUAUUAGCCCAUUUCUCAGAUGCUUUAAAAAGCCACUUUAUCAAAGAGAGGCCUGAUACACAACCAUGUAUGUGAAAAUGGUUGAUAAGUACAACACGUUAGCUCACUAUGUCGAGUUAUAAUUGUGUGUGAAUGAAAGCUUUUUCUCACUUUAAACCACGGGCUGCAGGACUCGCUUGGAAAAAGAGGUGAAGGCCUCUGACAUAGCGGGCGCACUCUUCUUGGAAACAUAUUUAGUCAAUGAUUUAGGCUCGCUGGAUGGCGGUUCCGCCGCCAAAUUUUCCCCGAAUUUGCGCUAGUGAGCCUGCUCGCAGGCUAUCAUUGAGUGUUGUUUUCUGUUUUACGUUCCUAUUAUUAGAUGCAGUUCUGGGUGACGAAACACCGUUUGUGGUGACUCCCUGUACAAAGGUAAAGGUUCCGUUACAGAAUCUCGUAUUUUUGAGCUUUCUGUCAUCAAGAUGCAUGCAUUAUUUAUGAAUGAAAUCGUCACUAUUUCAAUCUUAUUAUAUCCGAUAUUUUUUUCUCUCUUUCAGUGGGACAGUGUCCAGGAUUAUCUGGGCAAACCAGUGGAGGCACCUGUUGUGUUAAACAGGUAAGGUAGAGGUAUAUUACUAAGUGAUAUAGUGUUAAACUCGCUGCAUACAGCUAUCUUAACUAAUCUUGUUGGAUAUACAUGUGAAGACGCCCCCGAGGUUGGGAAAUAAACUACAGUCAGUUUCAACCCUUUUAAAAAUCCUAAUAUCAAUAUUCAAAUUCUCAUUUGUUGUUCCUAUACGUUUUUAAUAGCAGCAGUUGGGAGAAAUUGAUGAAGUAUCAAUUAGGUUCGUCUUCUGUGAUCAUGUCCUCCUCAAUUCUCAGUACCAUUCUGUUUUAUAAAGCAUAGAUACAAAUAUUACAUGGGGAAACUUCAUGCAGAACUUAAAGGGUUAAACUAUGUAAAUAAUAAAUAAAUAAAUAAAUAAAUAAAUAAAUAAAUAAUGAUUUGAUGGUAGCACAUCCACAAAGUGGCUCUUCGUCUACUUGAUUUCUGGCCGAAUUGGAAUUUGGAAAUGUUGGUUUUUGAGGAGAGGGGAAAACCGGAGUACCCGGAAAAAAACCUCUCGGAGCAAGGAAGAGAACCAACUACAUACUUAACCCACUAUUCACACUAUUUGCUUGGCAUGUGAGGGUAACAGGUAAAGCAUUACCGAAUUUGUUAAAAUAACUGAUUGAAAACCCACAUUACCACUUGUCUUGUUGUGUUGGCGAUUCCCUUUCUCCUAGAAAAAAUGAACCACUCUUUGUCUUUCUUAAGAGUGAUUUUAUAGCGCAUGGUCGUGGUCAAUACAACAUUACGUUGUACGCUUUCUAAGCUGAUUAUAUCCAAGCUAUCGUUAUCCUUUGUUUAUUUUCGCAUGUAACGUUGCUCGAUGUUUUGAAUGCAUUCCAUCGCUGAGGCAUUUAAGCACCAAAUUAAAAGCGUUAGAUAUCCCGAACGUUGUAAGCGAAAUCGGUUGUUUAGUUAUAGGUUUAUACAUGUCACAGUAACUACUUUGGUGACCCUAUGCUUUGUUCUCGCCACAGAUCUUCCUCCACCAACACGACAAACCCGUUCGGAUCCACCUUUUGUUAUAAUUUGCAACACAUGAUAUUUGAGGUUUGUAUUCGUCGGUCCAGUCGAUGCUGGGACGAUUCACAACGACGAUUCUUAGCGCAACACAGCGUUCCAAUGUUGGAACGAUGUUUUAACUAGUCGAAACAAUAUCGUAAGAAUGUUGCAAUGCUUCAGCCUCUAAAAGCACACCAAACCCAGAGUUUUUUCAGUAUAGGGAUUUAGCCAGUUGUAUAAAAAACACAUUGUUGUGUAAAAGUGUGGCUACUGUGUAACUGAACAACUUUAGGCAGAUUAGAGAGUUGACAAAUUUCAUCAAAUUAUUUUACGUUUUGAUGCAAAUACCACAAAACUGCCGUUUAACCUCCCCCCACCCCCUUCCCUCCAAACACUGUUAUGGGCGCGUGUGCCUGUAAACAAAACAAAAAUUCAUCCAAUUAUAAGUCCUCUCGGACUUAAGCGUACCUUCUACCUUUAGCUGUUCCUUUCUUGAAUUUGAAUGAUGAUAACGUUUUGAAGCUUAAUUAAAGACCAGCAAAAUCAAAUGCAAUACCUGUUUUGAUCAGCACUGGUAUAACUCUUCAGCUUGUUUUUUUCAAAGCGCUUUCUCUAUUUUCCGGUUAUAAGCCCCUUCGGAUAUAAGCCCCUCAGAUAUAAGCCCCCUCGGAUAUAAGCCCCGUCAGAUAUAAGCCCCUUCGGAUUUCAAGCCCCCUCAGAUAUAAGCCCUCUCGGAUAUAAGGCCCCUUGGAUAUACGCCCCUCAGAUAUAAGCUCCUUUAGAUAUAAGGCCCCUCAGAUAUAAGACCCCUCGGAUAUAAGCCCCCUCAGAUAUAGGCCUCCUCGGAUAUAAGACCCCUCGGAUAUAAGCCUCCUCGGAUGUAAGGGUUUAUACGGGCCAGUUCACUUUAUUCAGCGCAAAGGAACUAACAAUCUUCUUUCAACUGUUUUCUCCAGGUGAUGGCUAACAAUCAUUUAGCAUCCGUGACCCUGUAUCCCCACAGUAACAAUACUGUUUCGGCUUAAAACAUCUUGUUACAGCCUUUCAAGCAAGACGUUUAUAAGGAAAGAAGAAGUCUACAAGAAUUAUUAUUUAGUACAUAUAUAAAAAGAAUAAUAUAUCAAGGCAACCUUUUUUUUUCCUCCACGUUCUUGCGUUCAAUCAUUUUAUUUAUUGUUGCUCAUUAUGACUUGUAGUUCUUGACUGUGUACUGGUUUUACUAGAUCAUCUGUUGGCUCUAUCUAGGGUAAAAUUUUGGGGAACUGGUGAGCCCGCGUAGCAUGGCGGUUUUGUCAAGCCCGGCUCCCGCCCCAGUCUCCUCGCGGUUUCUCUGCCCUCGCCCGCCUUUAUUACUUAGCGCGCCCAACCAAAACCGCCAUGCUACGCAGGCUAGGAACUGGUAUGUAUUAAGAUGAGACUUGCAUGCCCACAAGAGCGGCUUAGGUUAAUUUGUAUGUAACUUUUUUUCCAGAAGGGUUCAUUAAAUAACUAUAUAGUGUAAUGUGUAAUUUAUUAUUACUACAAUUUAUAUUUAUGGACAUUUGUGACUUAUUGUAAUAUAAUGGCAAACAAAAUUUAAGUAAAAGUUAAAUUGAUGAUGUAUCAUGC